AUGGCUUAUCCGCGUAAAUCUUAUGCGGACAAGCUUUUUAUCCGCGUAAAUCGGGCCGAUUUACGCGGACAAGGAUCUUGUUCGCAUAGCGACGACUCGUCACGUGACGAGUUAAUUUUUAGGGGGUCUUAUGCCGACAACGCUCUUCCGGCUAUCUCUUUUGAAAAACAAUUCGAAGCGUCACCGUCGCCGCGCCAGUGCCGCGCGCGAUGGUGGAAGCCGUGA